AUGCUGCAGCCCUCGUUGCCAAAGAUGCUUCGAGGAGUUGCCAGGGGCUGCAUCAACAUUCGCCGUUUUGCGGAGGUUGCGAAAACAGAUCCACGUGCUGCGGUGGUCAAGAUUUUCAAUACACGGCAGCGUCCUGGUUGGACGGUUCCCUGGCAGGAUCAGCCAGUUGAAAGUACAUCAGGCUCUGGUGCGGUGAUCCGUGCAAGCAUAAAUGGUGGGGUCCCACGUCAUGCAGUUCUAACCGCUGCACACGUGAUUGCGGACAGCAGGUAUCUGCAGGUGCAGCGCACGAACGAUCGCUACAGUGGUGAGAAGUUCCGUGCUCAUGUCACUGCUGUCUGCCAUGAGAUCGACCUGGCCUUGCUGACAUUGGAGGAAGACGCCGUGUUGGAGGAGAUGGAGCCUUUGAUCGUGGGAUCUGCUACGGAGCUGCCGCGAGUUUUCGACAAGGUUAGAGUCGUGGGCUACCCUGUCGGUGGUGAUGCCUGCAGUGUGACAGAGGGAGUCGUCAGUCGCGUCGAGGUACAAGAGUACUCGCACUCUUUGCGGUUUGGGCUAGCCCUCACAGUCGAUGCAGCCAUUAACAGUGGCAAUAGCGGUGGGCCUCUGGUGGAUGCUUCCACAGCACACGUUGUUGGGGUUGCCUUUCAGAAAAUGGUCGCCAGGGGUGUCGAGCUCCAGGGGCAUGCCGUUCCAUCUCCGGUGAUUCAACGAUUUCUGGAGGAUGUCGCCAGCGACAGUUCGGAGAGCAGUGACAGCACGCAAACAAUUCGUUUGCGAAUGCCUUCGCUUGGCUGCGACUACCAGUCCCUGGAGCCCGUAGCAUUGCGAGAACACCUCAAGUUGGAUGGUCGCAGAGGUAUUUUAGUCAGCAGGCUGCACAAUGCCGGUGACACUCCAGCAGCUUUGCAAGGCGGCGACGUGCUGAUGUCCUUCAACGGCUUUGAAUUGGAUGAGCUUGGGUUUUGCAGUCUCCUUGGACGCCGUUUGCAUUUUGGUGCCGCGCGUGACCUUUGCCGUGUGGGUGCCACUGUGACAAUGAAAGUAUGGCGAUCACAAGUCGAGCAGACGGUCCAACAGGUCUUGCAGCCUGCACGUCACUUGGUGCCCAGGGGUCAGUUCGACGUGCGGCCACGCUUCUUCAUGGUCGGCGGACUGGUCUUCCAACCAUUGAGCAACGAGUACCUACAAGGUUGGGCCGCCAACGACAGGCCGUCGCACCUGCAGGACUUGUUCCUAUCGGGUCACGUGACUCCGGAGAGGGACGAGGUUGUUAUUCUAACACAGGUGCUGGCGGACACCAUCAACACAGGCAUUUCGGCAGAGCGAGACAGGGAGCGAGAAAUGCCGGAAGACCACGAUGGCGUCAAUGGAGUUGCCGCCUCGAUCUUAGAAUACAGUGUACUCGGUCCCUACCUGGCUCCCUUCAUCGCUGGGAUGACGGAGUUCAAGCGGACCACGCAAGCUGUGGAUGAGAUUGAGGCCACCACACAAGCGCUGCUUGAUGGUGAGACUCGAGAUCUGCAGCACUUGGGCGAGCUCAUCGGCAAGACAGGUCCGACAGUUGAAAAGCUGAGCCGGAAGGCCGCCGAAACUGACCCGGCGAGACAAACUUAUGGACCUCAAAUGCGAGAAAAGGUUAUUGCGCUGGCCGAAAGAUGGGCAACUGUCGGGGGCUUGGCCCGCGAUGUCCUUGCAGCAAGAGGAGGCGACGUAGUCAUGGCCUCGGAGGAAGCCGCCGCCCCGCCACCGCCUCCGCGACCGCAGAGCUCGGUGCUCUGGCAGCCCCCUCAGGCAGAAGCACAGCGCAGUAUGCCAACCUCAUCUGCUGCGCCUGCAUCUGCGGUGGCAGCACCGACGCAAAGUGAGCGACGAGCACGGGCAGCGGCAGCAGCUGAGAGCCGAGCAAAAGGAGGCAGCAGCUCUAUCAUUGCAGAGACUGCUCCUGUUGCACCGAAACUCCAGCAGCCAGUGGUCGCAAGGAUGGAUGCCUUGAUUCAUGUUGUGCACUGCGUUUUCGUUGGCCACGGCUACACCAGCGAAGAGAAGCAGGAGUGCUGUGGUCACUAUCGCUUGCACUAUGCUCAUGAUCACAAGCCGCCCAUUCGAGUAACUUACGUCCCUUUGCAGCGGCAUCUCGUCACAUAUGCUGCUUCCAUGCAGUUCGACAACCCACUCAAGGCGACCGUCCAGGUUGGCAUGCCAGCCGCCGCAGUUCAAGCGAAGAUCGACUACUUGCUGCUUUACCCUUUGCUCUACCGCCAGUGUGUGCCAAUGUUGACAGCCACGCCGCCUGAGGCGCUUUUCGGCUUCAUCUGUUGCCUUUCGAUUCCAGCUUUGUCAGCGGUGAGCUCGACUUGCCGAAGCCUUUCUUCAUCAAUCAUGGACGAUGAUAUUGUUUGGCUGCGGGUGGUGCUAUCUCUGCCCCAAAGCCAACACAUCCAGCAGGAGCUAGACGCGUUGAGGAAACGAGAGGGCAACGGAGAGGCCAUCCCACGCGGAGCCUACCGCAAUCUGGUUCGUGCCGAGGUGCAACGGGCGCGUCGGGAAGCUGAAACCGCACAGCGCAGAAGACAGGAAGCUAUGGCCGAGCGAGGCAGGCUAAGAGAAGGGCUGCUUCAGCCACGGCGCCCGCAGAUGCCAGGAGGAGGCUUUCCCUUCGUCAUUGGCGGACCUCACGAUUUGGAGCCCCCUGGUUUUCGACCACCGCCAAACCCAUUUCGUGGCGGUGGCGGUGGCUUCGGAGGAGGUUUCGGACCACGCUUCCAUUGA